GUGAAUUAUUUGACCUAAAAUCGCCUUAUCCGACGCUUAAACGAGUCGAAAUGAUUUCUUCACCCCGAUAAUUCACCUUAUCCGCCGGGAUUAUCCGAGCCAAACGGCUUUGACAGGUCUACCCAAAGGAACAAACAUGGAGCUCCAGCGGACGGAGGACAAGUGAGAGGAAGGUAAGAAGCUGCAAUGGUGGACGCUGUGAAGUACGGAAUCAUAGGGGUGGGCAUGAUGGGAAGAGAACACCUCAUCAACUUGUCUCACCUCCGUAACGAAGGCGUUGCUGUCGUCUGCGUCGCCGAUCCUCACCUCCCUUCCCAACAACUCGCUCUGGAUUUAGCUCAAUCCUUCGACUGGUCCCUCAAGGUUUUCUCAGGACACCAGGAACUUCUGGACAGUGGGCUUUGUGAUGUGGUAAUUGUCUCAACUCCAAACAUGACCCAUUAUCAAAUCCUUAUGGAUAUCAUUGCCCAUCCGAAACCUCAUCAUGUUCUGGUUGAGAAGCCAUUGUGCACGACAGUUGCAGAUUGCAAAAAGGUUGUAGGUGCUGCGAGUAAGAGGCCAGAUGUAUUGGUACAAGUCGGACUUGAGUACAGAUAUAUGCCGCCUAUUGCUAAACUGAUACAGAUAGUCAGGGGUGGAACACUAGGACAGGUCAAAAUGGUGGCAAUCCGGGAGCAUCGGUUUCCAUUUUUGGUUAAGGUGAACAACUGGAACCGGUUUAAUGCUAACUCAGGGGGAACUCUGGUAGAGAAGUGCUGUCACUUUUUUGAUCUGAUGAGACUCUUCGUUGGUGCAAAUCCUGUUCGUGUGAUGGCUUCUGGUGCUAUUGAUGUUAAUCACAAAGAUGAAGUUUAUGAUGGAAAGGUGCCAGACAUUAUUGACAAUGCAUAUGUAAUUGUUGAAUUUGAAAAUGGUUCUCGAGGCAUGCUGGACCUUUGUAUGUUUGCUGAAGGGAGUAAAAACGAGCAAGAAAUAUCUGUUGUUGGUGACAUUGGGAAGGGCGAGGCAUUUGUUCCAGAGAGUAUUGUGCGUUUGGGCACGCGUGUGUCUGGAAAAAGCGGUGUCCAAACUAUAAAAGCUGAGGAUGAGCGAAUAAAAUAUGAUGGGCUGCAUCACGGAUCAAGCUAUUUGGAACACCUUACCUUCCUGCCUGCAAUUAGAGCUAAAGAUGAAGGAGCUCCUGCUGUGAAUCUGCAUGAUGGACUGAUUUCAGUUGCUAUGGGAGUUGCGGCACAACUUUCAAUUGAGGCAGGUCGAUUUGUCGAAAUUGAGGAAGUCAUGGCUGCAUGAAACAGCAAGUAUAAUAGCAUGGAGUUUGUGGCUUCUUGAGUCGUAUGUGUCUCUUCUCAAAUCACAACCACACGGCUGUGGCAGACCAUCUCUCCUAUUAUAUGCUUGCUGGUUUUGUGAAUGUAGGUCGUGGUAUUGUAGAAUAAUAUGAAUCUUUGAACGAUGAACUAUUUGUAUUGAUGGCCAUAAUUGGAUCCAUAUUUUUAAAA